AAUAAAAUCCUAAUUCAAACUACUGGUGGGAUUUGAAAAAUGUCCUUCUUCCCUCUCCUUCUCUUUGGUUUCAUAAGAUAAAAUAAAAAUAAAAUAAAUAAAAAAAGGUAAGAUUAUAAUCUACGAACUUUACAAAAAUAAAACAGAGUACCCUUGACAUGAUGGUGAGGCUGCUGUCCAGGACAUUCCGAUCUCUUAAAAGUCCAAACCCUAACCCUAACCCAUUAAAGCCAUCAUCAUCAUCACCGUCAAAAGACUCAAAACCAAGAAUUUCACUACCUAAAUUGAGCUCCAGAUCAUGGUGCGUCUACCUCAUUCUCUCCACCAAUGUACCCAUCAAAACCUACGUUGGGGUCACCACCGAUUUCCCUCGUCGUCUGAGACAACAUAAUGGUGAACUUAAAGGUGGUGCAAAAGCCUCUCAUGCAGGAAGGCCAUGGGUAUGUGCAUGUAUUAUCCGAGGUUUUAAGGACCAAAGUGAAGAAUUUGACAAGAAUGUUGUAAAACAUUCAAUGUUUUUGGGGGACGAUAUGUUAGUUCUCUCUCUCGCCUGUUCUCACGUCGGUGUGUGGAGGAGCGUCCCAGUAUCUAUGUAGAGGACUGUUAUCUACAUUUUCUCAGUUUUAGUUUUGUUCGAGUGCAAUGGGUGAUGUGAGUUAUUUCUUUGCUGAAACAAACACUUUUGAGCUAUAGAUAGAAGCAGGGUAUUUGGGUUUACGUAUUAUUGAGAGGGGCAGAGGGGUUUCACAAGCGGUGGUUCUGAGCAAGUCGAGUGUGGCGUGGUUGUUGGCUACGGUGGAGGUGGUGUUAAAGGGGGAUAAUUUGGGAGUUUUAUAGGACUUUAAGGGUUGAUAGCAGGGAAUAUAUUGUGCAGAGGUGCACAAAUAGUCAUGGGCGAUACAUGGUGCUGGCGGAAUAUGGAGUAGGAGGGCGGUGAGGCUUCAUUGUUGUUCUUGAGGGGUGAGAAGGUAGAGGGUGGAGCAAUUUUGUUGCCGAGUUAAGAAAGGUGGUAGCCAUUUUUGUGGGAGUAGGGGAAUGGUUUCCCCAAAGGUGUAUGAUGGUCCAAAGUCGAAUGAGUUGGAUGGUACGAUGUCGCUGCCAGCGAAUAAGGACCUCUUGGUGGAACAUGGAAGAAGGUUGUAUGUUGAAUCUUUGGUAGACAAGGGGCAGCUUUAGGAAUUUGAGUAUUCAUGUAGGGGUAGAAUGGGUAAUAUAGAGGAGCAAACAUUGAAGGAGGACGGAUAUGGAAGGAAGGAGCAACAUUAAUUACACGGAAAUCCUGGUAUUCAAGAAGGAGAUGACAACUUGAAUAUCUCUUCGGUUGAUUCAAGUGAAAUAUUUGAAUUAUGGUCUUUGAAGAAUUUACUGGUUUCCCAUAUUUGUUAUUUAUGAAGCCUAAGAUUCUUUCCUGUAUUGUGAAAAAGAUGAUAGGGAUAGGGAUAAAAGGUUGAGGAUUAAAGGUCUCUUUAGGGAUUGGAAGGUGGACAUGGUUUGUUUACAAGAAACUAAAAUAACGAUUAUUUCUAGGGCUGUGGUGCUAGUUUAUGAGGAUAUCAUCAUGUGGAUUGGUGUUAUUUGGGAUCGAUAGGGGCUUUCAAAGGGAUUUUCUUAAUGUAGGAUAGGCGGCUUGUGGAAAGGAUUAAGGAGUUUGUGGGGACUAAUACAGGUGCAAGUUUUUAUAAAAGUGUCGGUGAUAAUUUUAAGUGGGCUUUUGUAGGUGUUUAUGGUCAAAAUGACAAUAAUGAUAGGAAAUGGCUAUGGGAUGAAUUAGUUGAACUAAUUAGUUGGUGGGAGAUGCCAUGGUGUAUUGGUGGUGAUUUUAAUGUUUGAGAGAUCAGGCGACAACUGAUAGUCCCUAUCUAUGCUGGAUUUUUUUGAAUUCCUUUUUUAUCAAGGUGUAACAGAUAUCCCUGUUGUUGGUGGGAAUUUCACAUGGUCCAACAAUCGAGAUUUGCCAUCUUAGACCAUAAUUGAUAGGUUUCUCCUAUAGCCUAAUUGGGAAGCUCAGUCUCCUAAUGUUUCUCUGAGGAGAUUCCUAGAAUCUUUUUGGACCAGUUCCUUGUGGUGCUUGAUUGUGGCGUUGCAGUUAGGAGCAGAUGAUAUAUUAACUUUGAGAACAUUUGGUUGAAGUCAGAGAGAUUUGUGGAACAUGUGAAAAAGUGGUGAAUGUUUAUAUAGUUUUCAGGGUUUCCCUAGUUUUAUUCUGGCUCUCAAGUUGAGAGCCUUGAAAAUGGAUCUGAAGAGAUGGAACGAAGAGGUUUUUGGUAAUGUUGGAAAGCAGAAAAAGGAUCUUUUGUUUGGAAUCUGUGACCUUAAUAUUAUUGCGGAGGGAAGACCCUUAUUUGGUGCUAAAAGGUGGAGAAAAAAAUUUCUAGGGAUUUAGAGGUUUAUUCUGCUCAAAGAAAUGUGCUGGUGGCAGAAGUUAAGGGCUCUAUGGUUGAGAGAGGGAGAUAAGAACAAUAAAAUUUUCCAUAUGGUGGCAAAUUCCAAUAGAAGAAACAAUACCGUGGAUUCUUUAGUUAAUGGAUCGUUGUCCUUAAAGUCUAGAAAAAUAAGGGAGCAUGUUGUCCAAUUUUACAAUCGGCUUUAUUUAGAACAAUUAAGUUGGAGGCCAAACUUGGAUCGUCUCACUUUUACAUCAAUUGGAGAUGAUGAGAUACUCUCUGUCACUAUUGUAUGUAAACAUAAGUAUCAUAUUUGUAUAUAAGAUCUUCCGAAUAAACUUUUGUAUUUUUUCUAUCUUAUCAUGUUUCUACUUGAGAUUUUGCUAAAUGUUUGAUCGACAAUACAUAUUGGUUGGAGGUUGUUGAGACUGAUUUUCUUUUCUUUUUUUUUUUUUUAUU